CUCAAAUAGGAUCACUUUGUCAUUGCCAAAGAUUUCAUGUGCCUGGACGUCAGAGCAGCAGCUUGCAGAAAUAACUGCGAACAAGCCAAGCGCACGCAUCGAUCGUCGCGCUUGCGCCGCGCGCCAUGGCGUCGUCGUUGUCGUUGCUGCUCGCCGGCGUGAAGGCGGCGCUGGUGGUGCUCGCCGGCGUCGCGCUGUACAGCCCCGAGGGGUUCUCGCCGGCGCCGAUGCCGCCCGAGUACUCGUACGGCGCCCCCGUGUCGGCGCCGCGGCACGAGCCCCGCGCGCUGGCGGCGAGCGAGCGCGUCGGGGAGGGGCGGCUCCCGGCGCCGGAGGACCUGGCCUACGACGCCGCCGGCGGGUGGCUGUACACCGGCUGCGGCGACGGGUGGGUUCGCAGGGUGAGCGUCUCGUCCGGGGACGUCGAGGACUGGGCGCGCACCGGCGGCCGCCCCCUCGGCGUCGCCCUCACCGCCGACGGCGGCCUUGUCGUCGCCGACGCCGACAUCGGGUUACUGAAGGUGAGCCCGGACAAGGCGGUGGAGCUGCUGACCGACGAGGCGGAGGGCGUCAAGUUCGCCCUGACCGACGGCGUCGACGUCGCCGGCGACGGCGUCAUCUACUUCACCGACGCGUCGCACAAGCACAGCCUCGCGGAGUUCAUGGUGGACGUGCUCGAGGCGCGCCCCCACGGGCGGCUGAUGAGCUUCGACCCGUCGACGCGGCGGACCACCGUGCUCGCCCGCGGCCUCUACUUCGCCAACGGCGUCGCCGUCUCGCCGGACCAGGACUCCCUCGUCUUCUGCGAGACCGUCAUGAGGAGGUGCUCGAGAUACCACAUCAACGGCGACAAGGCCGGCACCGUCGACAAGUUCAUCGGCGACCUGCCGGGCUUCCCUGACAACAUCCGCUACGACGGCGAGGGCCGCUACUGGAUCGCCAUCUCCGCCGGGAGGACGCUGCAGUGGGACGUGCUGACGAGGUCGCCGUUCGUGAGGAAGCUGGUGUACAUGGUGGACAGGUUCGUCGUGGCGGUGCCCCACAACCUGAAGAACGCCGGCGCCAUGAGCGUGACGCUCGCCGGAGAGCCCGUGUCGAUGUACAGCGACCCGGGACUCGCCCUCACCACCGGCUGGCUCAAGGUCGGCGACUACCUCUACUACGGCUCGCUGACCAAACCGUACCUCAGCAGGAUCGACCUCGCCAAAUCGCCAGCUGAGAAGGCUCAGGAGUGAGAGAGACCGUGCAUCCUUGGUCGCUUUGUUCUCUGACUUCUGCUGGUGAUUUGUCAUUUGUGCCUUACCCCUCCGUUCCAAGAAAAUGACAUCGACAAACACUCCAAUAUAAGAAAUAUCCAACUUUCUUAAAAUAUCAUUAUACAAGCGUUUUUUCUCAAUAAUGCCAUCGUCGUUAGAUUUUUGUCAGUAGCCCUCCGUUAAUUACUAACGUAAGAGCAAGUUUAAUAGUAUAGCUCACUACCAGCUCCAAAUCAUCUAUAGCCGAUGUAAUAGCUAAUUCAUAUAAUAGUUGCUUGCUAUACUAUUAAUAUCUGGUCCCACCUAUCAUACACAUAUUGUGUCUUGGAACCCGUGCUGCAGCUGGCUAUAGAUCUGUAGUCCGCUGCUCUUCUCUCUCUUCCUUUAUCUCUUUAAAAUAUGUUUAUAGCUGGCUUAUAAUAGUACCUGCUCUAAGAGAAGCUAUUUUUCUUAGCCAGCACAAAAUCAAAACCUGAAUAAGAGAGAUGAGCAGUCUCGGGAACGCAAGCAAUUGAACCACCCUUGUGAAUUGUGCCUUUGUAAUUUUUUUUUUGAACAUUGUGCCUUUGUAAUGGACUUGUUUUGUGUCCAGAACUCGAGUUUGUGUCAGUUUACUAUUUAACUUAAUUGCAAUUGGGCCUGUA